AUGAAGAAAGACUGUCUUUGGAUUAGGUGGGUUCACUCUUACUACAUAAAGAACCAGGUUGUGGAUUCUAUGCCAAUACCCAAGAAUGCAGCCUGGGUUGUGAGGAAGAUAUUUGGACUUAGAAGUCUCAUUACAGAACUUCAGCAUAUGCAAGGUGACUUGACCUCUAGAUUGACUCAAAUGCAGACACUUGGUGUAAGAUUUAGCAUUAAGAAGUUGUACCAGUUACUUAGUCCCCAGUUCCAGAGGGUCCCUUGGAAGAGUUUGAUUAUGCAGUCACACUUGCACCCCAGAUUCAAGUUCAAUUUAUGGCUUGCUGCUCAUGGUAGACUGCCUACUGUGGAUAGGCUGCAGAAAAUUGAAAUUCAAGUACCUCAAACAUGUGUAUUCUGUGGUUUAGCUGAUGAACUGUUUGAGCAUUUGUUUUUUGAUUGCCCUUAUGCUAAAGGUAUUUGGUCUAGACUCCUGUCAUGGCAUGGACAUCCCAGGCAAAUCACUACUUGGCAGGCUGAGGUACAAUGGGUGAACAUAUGUGCCAAAAGGAAAACUGGACAUUGGGCAAUUGUUUCAUGUGUCUUUGGUAUGAUGGUAUACUUGAUUUGGAGAGACAGGAAUAAGCUUAGGUUUCAGGGUGGAAGCAGUUCACCAGACAGACUUUGUAAAGAGAUUGCAGUCCAUAUACACACCAGAAGCAGCUUAUUUCCCAACUAG